UUUGGCAUCAGUCCACAGUACUGUAUUUCGGGUAGCAUUCGGAGAAAAACACAAUAGAUAAUUGUUACAUAUAUUUAAUUUGACGCAGAUAUUGUAUGAAAGAGGGAGACAGUUUUAUGAAUGGCAGGAUAAACUCGUCACAGUGUGCGACGCUCGGCAAGCUAGCUUAGCUUGCUAGCUGCUAACAAAGAUACCCGGAAGUUAUGAACACGUCGCUAAGCGGAGGUCUGGUGUGACUGUCAAGUGUUGAAAGCGAUUGUGUGAAAAUGUGUAAAAUACAAAAGCUGAGGGCGUUGGUGAACCAGCGACUAGCUGCUGCUGUUGAAGAAAUAUUUGUAGUGUUCGAAAGAACGAUAGCAGAGUACGAGGAGGAACUUUGUCGAACAAAAGAGGAGAACGAGCGACAACGUCAACAACUGGAUUCUGUUAUCGUGAAGCCUCAGGUUGCGUUACGCAGAGCAGGAGAACAUCUCCCCAGUGAGCAGCAGCAGUGGAACUCCAGAAUGGAACAGGAAGAGCCACAGCUUCCCCACAUUAAAGAGGAAGAAGAGGAGCAAUGGCGCUCUCAAAUUAAAGAGGAAGGGAAGGAGCCACGCCCCCCUCAUAUUAAAGAGGAAAAGCGGGAGGGACAGCAUCUUGAAGGACUGGAGGACUUCCCAGUGAUUGGUGUCCCUUUGAAGAGUGAAGAUGAUGAAGAGGAGAGAGAGGUGGAGCCUCCGAGCUGCAGCUCGGCUCAACACAUAACAACAGAAGCUGAUGGAGACCACUGUGGAGGACAAGCGGAGAACCUCUUAGCUCCACUAUCAGAUAGCGACGACAUAACGUCACACUCUCCUGACACUGAUGAUGAAGACUCUGAAACUGAUAUGACAUGUCACACUGACAACACACCCUGGAAAUGCUCUCAAUGUGACAAAACCUUUGUUCACAAGGGAAAUCUGACCAGACACAUGAGAUACCACACAGGAGAGAAACCUUUCACCUGCUCAGUUUGUGGUAAAAUAUUCUCAGAGUGGUCAAAUUUGAAAGAACACACAAGAGUACACACAAGAAAGAAAACCUUCACCUGCUCGGUUUGCGGCAAACGAUUAUCUCGGCGGUCACACUUGAACGUACACACAAGAAUACACACAGGCGAGAAACCUUUCGUCUGCUCAGUGUGCGGUAAAAAAUUCUCUCAGCAAUCAAAUUUGAAAGCACACAUGAGAAUACACACAGGAGAGAAACCUUUCACCUGCUCAGUUUGUGGUAAAAGAUUCUUCUGGCAGUCGCAUUUGAAAGUACACAUGAGAAUACACACCGGAGAGAAACCGUUUCCUUGCUUGGUGUGUGGUAAAAGAUUCUCACAAAAAACGGAUUUAAAUAAACACACGAGAAUACACACUGGGGAAAAACCGUUCCCUUGCUCAAUAUGUGAUAAAACGUUCUACCUUAAAGGCGAGUUAAAGAGACACACAAGACUACACACUGGGGAGAAACCUUUUUAACAAACAGUUUGUGGUAAAAGUCCCAGGGUGGGCAGGAACUUGAAAAAUUUAUCUUAAGGAUGUAAAAAUGACCAGGAGAGUUUGACUCUUAAAAAUAAAGUGCAAAAGAUCAACUUUUAACAUUGCUAAAGGACAUUAUGAUGACAUGUUUGUUGCAUCUCUCACAGGUAUUAUAAUAAUAAUAAAUUUUAUUUAUAUAGCACUUUUCAAUAUACUCAAAGACACUUUGCAGGAAAAUGGAAUUGAAUAAAAGUAAGUAAACAGAGUAAAAGAUACGUUAAAAUACAUACUGUUUAUACAAAGUUACACAAAUCAUCUCCAUUGUACAUUGUAGACUGUGUCUGGACUAUGGCUGUCAAAUGUAGCGUGUGAACAGCAAAUAGACUGUUUUUGAUACAUUUUUACCAAUUUUUUAACAGGGGCCCUUGGAAAUCCAAAAAGACACGUGAGACUUCAUAAGGCAGAGAAACCUUUCACCUGCUCAGUUUGUGGUAAAACAGUAUUUUCAUUCUCAAAAACGCUGAUUUUAAAAGAGACACUAAAAUAUUUAAAUAUAUAUAUUUAUUUGCUCUGAAUUUGGUCAAACAUUCAUUCAAAAAGCUCACUUCAAAAGACAUGCAAGAGAGAAACCAUUUCCUGCUGUACAUUUGUAUGUGUUUAUGUGGCAAUAAAUAAAAAAAAUCUUCCUGAUUAAGAUAUUUAGCACCGCACUGUGGACGAGUGGUUAGCUUGUAGGCCACACAGUCAGGGAAGACCUGGGUUCGAUUCUCCGCUUGGACAUCUCUGUGUGGAAUUUGCAUAUUCUCAUGUGUAGAAGAAGAUGAAGCCACAUGUGAUUGGCUGUGAAGCCGUCCAAGCUAAAGCCAUCACCCCUAUGAAUAAUAUAAGUUCCUACGGCUCUUUUGUGUUGUUGCUUAUGUUUUAAUGUGUAUUUAAAUCUGCUCAUCAGAUGCAUACAAUCAAAUCAUCUCCAUUGUACAUUGUAGACUGUACUAUACUACAAUACAAACUUUUCAAGUACUGGAUUACAUGUCGAUUACGUCUAUGUUGUAUUUGGACAGUCCAGUCUUACUACUAAAGAAGGUAUUA